CCCGCGCCGAGCACCGGCAGCCCUGAGUCGAGAGCCGAGAGCCCAGAGCAGAGAGCCCAGCUCCCUCCUGUCUUUCGGUGUCGACUGGUUCCUGCCCAACGGAACCGACAGGGUUCGGCGCGCCUCCCGCUGCAGCUCGAGCGCACGCUAGAGCGCCAGUGUCCAGGCCAUGAGGGUCCCGCUGGCCAGCCUGCUCGUCUGCUCCCUGGUCGUGAGCCACUCCCAGGGUGCGCAUGGAUAUCGACGGAGGUCCCAUUCAACGGACUGUGGCUGUCUGAACGGAGGCACCUGUGUGUCCUACAAGCAUUUCUCCUACAUUCGUGGCUGCCUCUGUCCAAGCAAAUUCGAAGGAGAGCACUGUGAGAUAGACACAUCAAAAACCUGCUACCACGGGAAUGGCCACAGGUACCGAGGGAAGGCGGACACGGACAUCAUGGGCCGGCCCUGCCUGGCCUGGAACUCUCCGGCUGUCCUGAAGAACACGUACCAUGCCCACAGACAUGAUGCAGUUCAGCUGGGCCUGGGGAAGCACAAUUUCUGCAGGAACCCUGACAAUCAGAGAUGGCCAUGGUGCUAUGUGCAGGUGGGCCUAAAGCAGCUGGUCCAGGAGUGCAAGGUGCAAGACUGCUCCGCAGGAAGAAGGCUUUUCUCGACGCCUGCAGUGAAGCCAGAGUUCCACUGUGGCCAGAAGUCUCUGAGACCCCGCUUUAAGAUCGUUGGCGGGGAUCACACCUACAUUGAGAACCAGCCUUGGUUCGCGGCCAUCUUCCGGCGCCACCGCAGUGGCUCGGUCACCUACUUGUGUGGUGGCAGCCUCAUCAGGCCGUGCUGGGUAGUCAGUGCCACACAUUGCUUUGUUAAUAACCCGCAGAAGGAAGACUACAUUGUCUACCUGGGUCGGUCAAUGCUCUACUCCGCGACCCCCGGGGAGGAGAAGUUUGAGGUGGAAGAGCUCAUCUUGCACGAGAACUACAGCGCAGACACGCUGGCUCACCACAAUGAUAUCGCCUUGCUGAAGAUCAGGUCAAGCCUGGGCCGGUGCGCACAGCCAUCGCGCUCAGUACAGACCAUCUGCCUGCCCCCGCUCUAUGGCGACAGCCGCUUUGGCACAAGCUGCGAGAUCACCGGCUUUGGAAAAGAGGAUCCCUCUGACUAUAUGUACCCAGAGCAGCUAAAGAUGACUGUUGUGGAGCUGAUCUCCCACUCAGAGUGUCAGCAGCCCCACUACUAUGGCUCUGAGGUCACCAGCAAAAUGCUGUGUGCUGCCGAUCCACAGUGGGAAACGGAUUCCUGCCAGGGAGAUUCAGGGGGGCCGCUGGUCUGUUCCAUCCAAGGCCGCCUGACUCUGACCGGCAUUGUGAGCUGGGGCAGUGGAUGUGCCAUGAAGAACAAGCCGGGUGUCUACACCAGGGUCUCACGCUUCCUCUCCUGGAUCCAGACUCACACCAGGGACGACGAGCUGGGCUGGGCCUGGUCCUCUGAGGCCCGCAGGAGCUGAGGGAAGACACGAGCACCAGUCGUUCCCCACUGACAGUCAGACAGUCAUUCCUGACGAGGGGCCUCCCCCCCAGUCAGAACUGAGGAAGGUUGACUUGGGGCGCCCCCUGGGGAGCGAUUCCCUUUAGCCCAGAUCCAAGGCCUGGGUGCUGGCUGCCCAGCCCCGCCGCCUGCCUGGCCAGGAUGGAGGGGCAGGCCUGACCUGUGGUGGUAUUGACCUUCCUCAGGAAGGAGACCCCCUUGGAUCUCCAUGGCGUCUCCUCACCCGGGAGGAAGAAGAGCUGACUCCUCCCUGUGGAGGGUGUUCUCGUGGCCUGCUGUGGGGAAACGGACCGUUUCCCAACUAGGAAGUGUAGCAGAACUGAGGUCUCGUGAGGGAGCUUGGCCAACGUGGGAACAGCGCUUUGGGGAGGGAAGAGCCCAGUGACUGAGGGAGGAACGCUGACAUUCCGUGAAUGUAUCGGGAACUGUGUGUGUGUUUACACACGUGUUGUGCGUGGGCUGUGUCUGUGUGAGGAGGGGCUGGGUCAGGCUGCAAGCCUCACUCUUCCCUUCAGCCCUGUGACCUGUCUGGAGAGGUCAUAGGUCAACUCUGGGCCUCCAGGUGCUGAAGCCCGGGAAAGUUUAUUCUGGUCCACAGCCCGCGACCGGCACUCUGCGCCUAUCCACUUCCACACCCACGACCCAUUUUUGUGGCCAGUUACCGCUUCAGACCUCCCAGCCUAGUUCAUACCAUCCUCGCUGAGUGGGGUCAGUACCACUUCUGUACACUGAAUAUUUAAUAAUUCUAUUCCACUAUUUUUAUUUAUAUCUAUUUUUUUUAUAAUUUUGAGUAUCAUUAAAGGUGAUCAUUAAAGACGAUUUUCUUUUUCC